AUGGAGCUUCUUAAACUUGUUCUCGUGAUUGCGCUGCUUCUGACAAACGUCCUCUGUCAGGAAAAGGAUGUCCACAACUGGGAAGAAAGCUUCGAAGAGGUAAGACCUUUGAGCUUGGAGAAAAUUUAAUGGAUGCAAAGAAAAAGUCAUUUCGCAGCAUUACUCCAAAUUCUGGACAACUAUGCUACAACUGGAAUUUAUCGAGUUUUAUUCGGGAAGAUUACAAUAUCCUCAUUCUCUCUGUUUUGGGUUUGCACCAGGACAAAUGGGCAAACUCUGGAGGAAUUCAAGAUUUCUUAGGAAGAAUGACGAGAAAACUGGGACCACGCCAGUAUCUUGGACUCGUGGGAAGAAAGGAAUUCGGUGAGAGCAAUUUACACCAAAAAUGACCUUAUAUGUGUUUAAGUCAGCUGCACUCUGGUUUGAUUUCUGUCUUUUUUCUCUCCAAACAGCUAAAACACAGACAGCACGUAAACGUAAGUAGUAAUACUUCAUUUGAUUUCAAUAUCUCAAAAUUAUUGAUGAGUGAUAUUUUUCACAUCUUUUUCAAUCUUAGGGCACAAAUUUCAGACUUUUGUGGGUCUGAUGGGUAAAAGAGGCUUCGAGGAUUAA